CUUCUGCACUCACAGCCGAAGGGAAAGCAGCAGGUUGGGGCUUCUUGUGGCCAACUUCAGAGCCUGUCACCAGGAAAGAUAAGCAUGGGAGGAAGGAAGAUGGCGACAGAUGAAGAAAAUGUCUAUGGUUUAGAAGAGAACACUCAGUCCCGGCAGGAGUCCACGCGGAGGCUCAUCCUUGUUGGGAGAACAGGGGCCGGGAAGAGCGCCACUGGGAACAGCAUCCUGGGCCAGAGACGGUUCCUCUCCAGGCUGGGGGCCACGUCUGUGACCAGGGCCUGCACCACGGGCAGCCGCACGUGGGACAAGUGCCACGUGGAAGUCGUGGACACUCCGGACAUUUUCAGCUCCCAAGUGUCCAAGACAGAUCCUGGCUGUGAGGAGAGAGGUCACUGCUACCUACUCUCGGCCCCCGGACCCCACGCGCUGCUCCUGGUGACCCAGUUGGGCCGGUUCACCACCCAGGACCAGCAGGCAGUGAGGCAGGUGAGGGACAUGUUCGGUGAGGACGUCCUAAAAUGGAUGAUCAUCGUCUUCACCAGGAAGGAGGACCUGGCCGGGGGCUCCCUGCACGAUUACGUGAGCAACACAGAGAACCGGGCCUUGCGCGAGCUGGUGGCCGAGUGCGGGGGCCGGGUCUGUGCCUUUGACAACCGGGCCACCGGCCGGGAGCAGGAAGCCCAGGUGGAGCAGCUGCUGGGGAUGGUGGAGGGCAUGGUGCGGGAGCACAGGGGCGCCCAUUACUCCAAUGAGGUGUACGAGUUGGCGCAGGAGCUGAGCUGGGCAGUCCCCGAGGAGCGGCUCCGGAGGUUGGCGGAGCGCGUGGCCGCCAGGGUGCGUAGGAGGCCGUGGGGCGCCUGGCUGUCGGCCGGGCUGUGGAAGUGGCUGAAGCCCCCCAGGAGCUGGAGGCUGGGCCUGGCCCUGCUGCUGGGGGGCGCGCUCCUGUUCUGGGUGCUGCUCCACUGGCGCUGGUCGGAGGCUGUUGAGGAGGUCGGGCCUGACUGACAGCGCAGGUCCUAAGACUGAAGGCAACUUGGUUAAGAGAGGCUGAAUUCUUGGAGCUGAAGGGAAAACUUCAUUCCAACGGAAGGAAUCCUGUAGUUUCAGGCAUAGUUUUAAUGACUCAGAAAACUUUGAAUGCUGCAUCAUCUUUGCAACUUUGCCAAGGCUCAGAGUUCACUUUUUAAGUUUUUAACUCAUUUUAAAUGAUGUGUAUGCAGAGUUUUAAAAUAAAUGCGUCUAACAAUAA